AUGACAUCCGAUGCGGCGAUGGCACGACGGCGACCGGCUGGCGAACUCAGCGGCCCGCUCACUCGUGAUCUCGGCGCUGUUCUGUACGAGUUGCAUCAGGCAGCAGUUCGUGCACUGCUAAUUCUUCGUGGAGAGAAUCUGGAUACUCCAUGCGUGGUUGCAAGAAAGCCAUCGUCACGACGUGGAAGAAGAAAGAGGAAGGUUGGGGAGCCACGUGAGGAGAAGCAGGAAGUUAAUCCAAUAAUUCAUGAGGAGCAGCCUUCGCAACACCAGAACAGUGGCAGUUCCGUAGAUGCCACUUCUUCAAACGAAAAGGAACAAAGUGGAAGACAGGUUGAUGUAUCCGACGUCUGGAAUCGAUAUAGCACUACAUGGCAGUUUAAACUUCUGUAUACUCACGAAGAUAUUUUACAGUUUCUAGGUGUGGCUGUGGUGGACACCAUAUGUGGAAAUAUAGAUGCUUCUCGUGCAAUCAAAAUUCAGGCACUUCAACAAGGGUACAAAGGCGACCUCGUCCACGAUCUUGAUCGUAUCAUUCGUCUAAGACAGGCCAUCAAACUGAUCAAGGACUACUUAGUUCAGAAGGCAUGGUUGUCUUAUGUUGUUGGUGCCAUGAAAGUCUGGUUCGUGAGAAUUGUGGACCAGGCGGCGAAGUUGUGGAAGCAAGCGUGUGAUGUUCAUGUGACUGGAAUGAUUUCUGACACUUGUGCCACGAUGCUCUGA